GGGCGCAGAGGCGGGAGGCACCCCAGGGGUUGCUGACUCUGGGUGCAAAGUCCCCCAGGAAAGAAGCCGCAGUGGGGGGAGGCGGGAAGGCGGCUCCCCUUUCCCCAGCUGGGCCGCUGCCCACCCAGAGGGUUUAUGGGAGCUGCCCGCCUGCCCCCUCCGCCCUCAUAAAAGGGCCCCCGGCCCCGUGGGGCCAGUGUCGAGGCUGCAGCUGCAUGAUGGCGGACCGCGUGGUGCACCUGGCGGCUCUGAUCCUCCUGGGGGCCGCCGUAUGUGCGGCGCAGCCCCGUGGGCGGAUCCUGGGCGGCCGCGAGGCAGAGGCGCACAAGCGGCCCUACAUGGCGUCGGUGCAGGUGGGCGGCAAGCACGUGUGCGGCGGCUUCCUGGUGGCGGCGCAGUGGGUGCUGAGCGCGGCGCACUGCCUGGAGGACGCGGCCGGCGGGAAGGUGCAGGUGCUUCUGGGCGCGCACUCCCUGUCGAGGAACGAGGCGUCCAAGCGCCUGUACGACGUGAUACGCGCGGUGCCCCACCCGGAGAGCCGGCCCGAGACCAUCGACCACGACCUCCUCCUGCUGCAGCUGUCUGAGAAGGCCACGCUGGGCCCCGCCGUGCAGCUCCUGCCCUGGCAGCGCGAGGACCGCGAUGUGGCGGCCGGCACGCUCUGCGACGUGGCCGGCUGGGGCGUGGUCACUCACGCGGGCCGCCGGCCCGACCGCCUGCAGUACCUGCAGCUGCCGGUGCUCGAUCGCGCUACCUGCAACCUGCGCAUCUACCACGACGGCACCAUCACCGAGCGCAUGAUGUGCGCGCAGAGCACCCGCCGCCAGGACAGCUGCAAGGGCGACUCCGGGGGCCCGCUGGUGUGCGGCGGCGUGGCCGAGGGCGUGGUCACCUCGGGCCCGCGCGUCUGCGGCAACCCCAAGAAGCCCGGCAUCUACACGCGUGUGGCCAGCUACGCGGCCUGGAUCGACGGGGUGAUGGCCGGGGACGCGGCCGCCUGAGCGCGACGUGAGGGGCGGCGGGCGCGGCCGAGCAAUAAAGUCCUGCACUUCUGCA